AUGCCUCCCAAAAGAAAACUCAAGCAGUCGGACGAAGGAAACUCUGAGUCAGCAGACCAUUCGAAAAAUCCGGCCCCACCAACCUAUCGUAUCUCACGUUCACGAUCUAGAAAUCCAAAGGAUCAGGAACCUCCUGAUUUGAAUGCAUUACCAUCCACAAGUGAUCUACCCAGCAAGAAAUUAAAAGCUUCGACAUCAAAAAAAUCCCAAACAAUCAAGACUUCGACAGAAGAGCAUCAAGUUUCUAUCAAACUCCUAACACAGCUCUCUGACCCAAGUUUUUAUGAACAGGCCCUACUUUUAAAACAGAAGGGUGAUCGAAAGCUACUAGAUCUCGAUGUUCAACUAACAAGCGAUAAAGACAAAGAAUUAGAUUCGGAAUGGGCUUUAAAGACCAAACUUGAAACUGUUUUACGAUGGAAAUUGCUAAGAGGAAAGUUUCGACCUACGUUGCCAUCACUUGUAAAUAGCAAUUCUGAAGAUCUAGUAGCAAGUGUGAUAGAUGAAGCGGUGAAGAAGUUGAUAGAUUGUAAGAGUGUUGAAGAUGCAUUGACUUCUGGUGCUAUUGAGACGAUGUGUAAGCUUAAAGGUAUUGGUCCUGCAACUGCUUCAGCUUUUCUCUCAUUUGUGAGACCCAAAUUGAUUCCAUUCAUGUCAGAUGAAUCAGCAGAGUAUUUACAAUCUGAUAUUGGACCAGUCAAGUACACAUUACCAUACUAUAAAAAUUAUGCAAGAUCAAUGGAAACAAAAGUUGAUCAGCUCAAUGAACAAAGUAAACAAACUGGGAUGUGGGAUGUUACACUUGCUGAAAGGACUUUUUGGACUUUGAAGGUAUUGAAGAUUGGCCUGGAUCCAAGUGAGUGGGACAAGAUUGUUGAGCAAAGUGAUUCCAUUUGA